GCCCGCUACCCGCGGGAAGGCCGUCCCCUCGCCCGGCGCAACUUGCCUCGGACCCUCUGUGAGGAGAGGCAGCGGCGGCGGCGGCGCGCGCCGGGGCCGGGCGGGAGCGGGGCGAGGCGUGCGGGCGCCCGGCGCGAUGCCUCGGGCCGGCGGUCCCCGCGCGCCGCGCCCCGCCGCGCUGCCCCGCAGCCUGUCCCGCCUGCGCGAGUGCCCGGGCCGCUCCCGCAUCGUGCUGGCGCUCGGGGCCACGCAGAUGGCGCUCGGAUGCCUCAUCGUGGCCGUCAGCUUCGCCGCGCUGGCGCUCACCACCUCGGCCCGCGUCCGCCACUCCUGCCCCUUCUGGGCCGGCUUCUCGGUGCUGCUGUCAGGACUCAUUGGCGUUGUCUCCUGGAAGAGGCCUCUCUCGCUGGUGAUAACCUUUUUCAUGCUGCUCUCUGCAGUGUGCGUAAUGCUGAAUUUGGCUGGUUCAAUUCUCUCCUGUCAGAAUGCUCAGCUAGUGAACUCCCUAGAAGGCUGUCAGUUGAUUAAGUUUGACAGUGUCGAGGUGUGUGUCUGCUGCGAAAGGCAGCACCAGUCGUCGGGCUGCAGCAACCUUGGGGAGACGCUGAAGCUGAACCCGCUGCAGGAGGACUGCAACGCUGUGAGGCUCACGUUGAAGGAUCUCCUCUUCAGCGUGUGUGCCCUCAAUGUCCUCUCCACCAUCGUGUGUGCGUUGGCCACGGCCAUGUGCUGCAUGCAGAUGGUCUCUUCCGAUGUCCUCCAGAUGUUCCUUCCACAAAGGGUGCAUUCUGCCAGCCCGGCCUGCGUGACCCCCCAUGGCACCGUGCUCCACCAGACCCUGGAUUUCGAUGAGUUCAUACCCCCACUCCCACCUCCACCCUAUUACCCACCAGAGUACACCUGCACACCCACAGCCGAAGCCCACAGGGGCCUCCACUUGGACUUUGCUCCCUCUCCAUUCAGCACUUUGUAUGAUGUUGCCAUCAACAGUCCUGGUCUGCUCUACCCCACGGAGCUCCCCCCGCCCUACGAGGCCGUGGUGGGCCCGAACACCACCAGCCAGCUUACAAGUGUGGAUCAGCAGGUGACCGAGUCCAGCCCCGGGGACCCAGAUGCCACCGCUGGCUUCAGCACACAAGAGCCUGCAGAUAGCUCGAGCCUCCUGGCAUCCGAGAGUGCCACUGCACCGGGCCUGAGCCCCGAAGGCCCUGUGGGUGCCUCGCAGCCCCUGCCACCUGGCCUCGAGUCCCCAGAGGGCCCUGACCAGGACACAAGGGCAGCGCCAGGUCCUGGGCGUGUGGCCCGCUCUACCAGCGACCCCACUUCGUGCUCAUCUGUUGUGACAGGCACUGCCUCUUCACACACCCCGUCCUGCAGCCAGGACCUGGAAGCAGGACUGUCCAGGGCUGCUCCGGGGACCGUUUCCCGAGCUCACUCUGUCACAGCUGCCUGUGCGGGGCAGUGCCCGCUCUCGCCCCCUGGGCCACGGGACACCUGGAAAACAGACCCACAGGGAAAGCCAGAGGCCUUACAGACGGUCUUCAAAGAGCGGCCACGUUCUUUAGUGGACAGCAAGGCCCACGCAGACGCCAGGGUUUUGGUGGCUAAGUUUUUGGAACACUCGAACUGUGCCCUCCCUCCUGAGGUGCAGCACGUGGUGGGCACCCUGGGCACGGUGGUCCCUGCUGAGGAGGCCCACAUGGAGGAGGCCGUGGUCAGUGCCGGCGUUCUGGACCAGGUGUGACCAGCCCAUGGGUCCUGACAGGGCCACGGACGGGCCUGGACUCACCAUCCUUGCUGGAGGUCACUGUGCUCUGUGGAGAGGGGCCUGUGGCCCAGGAGAAUCUCAGGGUGGCCCAGGCGGGGAACUGCUGUCCCUCUCUUCAGGAGGAUCCGGUCUGUCAUUGUCUUGGGGAGGACCCUUCCUACCUGUUCCACUAAUACAGAAAAAUGACUCUCGUGGCCACCGUGAACUCUUUGGUUUUGUCAGGCAUGGAGCCCCUAGGCAGUGUUCUGAGAAUCCAGUGACGGGGACACCAGAGACUCUAAGUGUCUUCAGAGUCAGGGCCGUCACAAAGCAAGACUCUGCCCACCUCUGAGUCAGCUGAGUGUUGAGCAGGCAGAGGAUAUCAAGUAAAAUGAGACCAUUUUCUUCUAUGGUGUGUAUAAGUAAUCUACCUUUGUCAUAUGCUGACUGAAAGAAAAUGGGUAAUUCUGACACGGAUGACAGCCAGGGCCCAGCUCUUGCCCACAGGAGGCAGGGCUGUCGUGCGUGUGAAUCACAAUAGGGGACCUCCGUGUGGCCUGGCCAUCUCCAGGACACAAGCUGGUGUGGCAGGGAGCUUUGCUGGACACCACACCCCGCCUGGUCACCAGUCUCCCGGACUUCCCCUCUCCACCCUCCCUCCCUGGGACACCCUCCCCGCUGUCUCUCAGGCUGUCUACUCUCUCCUCUGCAGACACUGCUGGUGAGCCCCUUUGGAGGUUCUCCCUCUGUCUGCUCUCCCCAAGAUGGCCUGGACGAGUGGAGGUCUGGGGGAAGAGGCCUGGACCCUGGGACCUGUGCACCUCCUCAGAAAGCGGGUCGCUGCACCCAGAGCAUUCCCUUCCCAGUCAGCCGGGCAGCUGGGCAUCUGCGCGGGAAGACGCAGGCUAUAAAUCAUUUCUUUCCAGACAACACCCACUGUGUUGGGUACGUGGAAGGGGGCAGGCCCAGACCCUCUGUAGUGGCAGCUUGGGCAUUUUGCCUUUCUUGGUCCCCCUCUCCACCCUCCCCCUCCAUGUUCUGGCAACAUUAAACAGCAGCCACUUCCCACCACGGCCCUGGAGCAGCACUGGCCUCGAGAACUUUCUGCAGCUGUGGGAACGCCUGUCCCUGUGCCAUCCACAACAGCGGCCACCAGCACCCAUGCCAUGGCCCUGCCACGAACAAGACAGCCCACAAACCACAGUUCUCAAGCGAGAGCCCAAGGGCCUGGCAUGGGGAGCACAAGGGGAAGAUUUGAUGGUUGCCCACUAUUGCUGGGCGUCCGGCCAUCUAGGGGCUGUGUGCUGCCCUUCCCUCUGCUCUGCGCCCCACCUGUAGUGUUGGGGAUGCGUCUGUGUGGUUGGAGGCUGGGCAGGGGCUGGCAGGGAGGCUCUGCGGCCCAGAUGCCGGCAGUCCAGGGAGCCUGCAGUGACAGUCCGCUUUCUUGGUCGUCGCCUCCCUCGCAUCUGGGUGACGUGAGACAGCUGGAAGGAUCCUCCUCCUUCUGAUGCCAACAGGAACUCUUCCACCGGCGGACCCCAGAGGUGAAUUAUGAGCACUUUAUUCAGACUACAAAAUGGGGAAUCUCUUCUCGUUUUUCUCAGCUGAGGGCUUUUGAACUCUCCCCCAGAGCGGAUCCCUUUGCAGGUCCAGUUAGUUGAUGGUUUUCCCAAGUAGCCUUCCCUGCGCCCAUCAGCACAGCAUUCGUGGCUUCUGAAUCCGGGCAUUUUCAGUGUCUCGGGGUGGGGCUUGACCAUCAGUCCUUUCAUUGUAUGGGUGGCCAGGGUGAGUGGCCACUGGGAGCCCACCCUGGCGGUCUGUGUCCUUUGUUUCUCCUCCCUGCAGUAGGACAGUGUUUCUUCGGCCAUCGUGGGCACCUCCGGCAGCCUGAGCCUCCACGUGGGUAUCUGCGGGAGCUCUGGCCAAAGCCCAGAGUCCCGGAUGUUCUCAAGGGCCCUGCCCUUCCUGCACCCUUCUACACUCAGUUGCAUAUUUGCUCUCAGAACAACUCUAUCUCGCAGUUGAGGAGAUCGUACCCAGUUUUAUACCACUGAGCUAGAACCUUCUGCCAUCUGCUCGGGGCCCCAGGCAGCCCAUGUGGGCUCCAGCAGGGCCCAGGAUCCUGGCUUCCCUGAAAGGUCCCAGGAAGAGAGAAGCACCAGUAAGAACCCCUAGGAACAAGCCAGCUCUAGUACCUGGGACCCUGCUCUGCUCAGCGGAGCUCAGCAGCAAACACCCCAAGUCCAGACACUAUGAGCGCAUGACCGAAGGAAAGUGGGUUCCCCUUGCCGGUGCACUGCCUCCCCCCUCUCCUGAUAAAGCAUCAGCAGGCUAGGGCAGAGCCCCACGGGCUGCACCAGGAAGCUAAGGCAUGGGUCCCCCACCUGCAGGGACCCCCCCACCUGCAGAAGUCUGGGUCCUGGACACUCUCCCAGACUUUUCCCACAACCCAAAUGGGGUCAGCUGGCGUGGGAGCCAGAGCCGUCCAGACACUGCCAUUUGCCUGUGGACGUUGGGGAGCAGCAAAAGAACGCUGAGGUGGGUGAGUUCUGGACCCCAUCUCAUGACAAACAGGCGGGGGACUCAUCCUUCACAAGAACCUAAGCUCUCCUUCCGCUGGUGACAAUAAUGCCAAUUGAAUGCUUGUAACAAACCAUGUCACAGAAAGCUUCUUUCAAAUGGACGUGUUUCCCACCCCCGCCCCUCAGCUCUAUGGAUUCACAGAUGCUGCUAUUAGGCAGAAUUUAUAGGAAAUUGUUUUCAAGCCACAGGAGACCUGUUUGUACAACUGGAAGGUUGUAUUUAUUUAAUGUACCUCAAGGUGUUUUCAUAAUGAUCUGUGUUUUAAUAAAUACUAUU